CAUCCGCUCGUUCGUUGGCAAAAAGGAGCACCCUCGGACGACCGUUUACCCUCAGGUCAGCUGCAACUUUUGAUAACACUAAUAAGCCCAUCGAGGAUGGCAGAGUAUGGCGACUAAUCCAUUCAAGCAAGCAUCCGCCACACCACCCAGCACAAGCCAAAGCAGCAACACCCAACACGAUUACGAUGCGCCAGCAGUACCCGCGAUCAGCUCGAUCACCUUCGCAGCAGCUGCAACAGGAGCAGCAGCAACACCGGGAGGCACCCCGGGUGGCCACACGUCCGACAGCAACAGUAUCCUGAAGCAGCGCGCACCGUGCGCCUGCUCGAACAUCAGCAUUAUGCAGCUGUUCCACGAGAUGAAACAAAAGUACCCGACGGUUCCGGACACGGUUGUGUCGGAGCUGGUGACACAAAACUGCCAUGAUCGUCCAGCGUGCAUCGGAAGGCUGGAGGAGGCCGUCCUCGGGACUCCCGCCCAAACCACCUACCCGGCGCAAUCGAUCCACAAUGGUAGCCUGAAACGGCGCAGUGGGGAUCACCGGAAACCGACCACCGGAAGCCGGUCGGACGGUAGCAACAGUAGUAGCAGUAACAGCAGCAGUAGCAGCAGCAGGGAGAGUAGUGUGGAUAGCAGUAGAUUACACGGCGCUCCGUUCCAUCCCGUCCAAGGACUGCCGUUGGCCGGAAGUAGCGGUGAUAGUAGACUUACAGGAGAUGGUCGACCGUCCGGUCCGUCCGUAGCGCGGCCUACGACGUUAGGCGUACGUCCGACAACGGCUGUGGUGAGCAAUUUCGGCGUUACGGCCCCAGCGCCUCCGAUGCGGCCAAACCGGACAGCACCACUCUGUCCGGUACCGGGUACAGGACCACUGGCCACAUCUAUGAUCACAACAACGACAACGACGACGGCUACCAGCAGUGCGGAUCUCGGCGAAACGUUAAAUCUGCAUGUAAACGUCGUGACCGUUUCGCCGAAAGGUAGCGGUCCGAUGAUCGGUGGCCAGCGCCAUACAUCGACGAUCUCGCUUCAACCGGAGCCGCCGUACUCGCGUGAGCUAGCGCAAGUCACAAGUACCUUUAGUGGCGUAGGACCUCCGGCCGUUGUCGGUGAAGGAGGAACAAGUUGCCCAACGGGUGGACCAUCGGGAGUGGGUGUUGGCGGAACCGCUGGUGGUAAUGCGGGUAGUGGCCGCAGUUCAACUUCCGUCAACUUAACCCUUCGGCAGCCAACGGAUGGUCGACCGCGUACGCCCAUCCAUAUCCACGCUAGCCCGCUUAAGUACACGGCGAAAAACUUCAACGCCCAGUCUGGGAUCCAGUCGAAACUGGAGGUCACCUUUCGCGAUGGUUACGGUUCAUUCAGCGCCAUGCGAACCCAGGUUCCAGGGUACGAACAGCCGCAACAGGAACGGGAACCGGUUGGAGGAUCCCAAUCGGAAGGACAUGCAGGCGGUUGGUACCAGACCUCAGCAACACCGGCCGGUCCGAGCCGGAUGCCAUACAUGCAGUCGGGUUUUCCACUGCCACUGGCAUGUUCAUCACCAUUGCCUGGUUCCUUGGCGUACCUGGCGCAGGUGCAGCCUUCCCAGUGGCGCGGAGUGUUUGAGGGUGAAAACCAAUCCAGGAUCACCACCGGCACCCGUCAGCUAGAGAACGAUGGACUGACUAAGGAAAUGCGCUACCAAAACUUCGUCGCUGCAGAGAUGGCUGUCUCGCAGCAGCUGGAGCAGAAGCAGCGCCUUAGCCUCGAGGUAGAACGCAAACAAGCACAGUUCGAGUCGAUUUGCCGCGAGAUCUUCGUGCUGCAGCAACCGCUACAGUACAUCGACGCGGAACUGGUUGACCGGGAGGUCCUGCUGCUGGAGGCCGAAGUCGAACAGUUGCAGAAGGAGGUGGAUUUGUGCGAUGACGAGGAGGCUCGUGUGCAGGCGGCCACCACAACCGGAUCGUCGAUCACGGACGGGUUGAGUGCGCUGAGCAUCGAGGGCGGAGCUCCACUGUUACCGCCAUCCGUGGGAUGUAGUCCCGGAGCGGUUAUGAAUCGUCCUCCGAGACCACCGAGACCGCCACCUCCUAGAGCACCGAAUCAGUCUCCGUCCGGUGGCAGCUCGGGCAAUGUCACUCCCGGCACGCCACUCAACAGCGUUCCUUCCGCCGGAACAAGCGGUGCUUCACCGGUGGUGCACACUCCAACGUCUUCGCCCUCCCUCAGCUCGACCACGUCAUCGUUUGCGUCGAACGGUGGAACCGGAGGGGACUCGAUGGCGGCGGCCAUUCGACUGCAGCCCUCCGUUACCGGUCUCAACCAACCCUGGACCUGCAGUCUGUGUACAUUCCAAAACCACGAACUAAUGACCGCGUGCGAAGUCUGCACGCUGCCCAAAGGCUCCGGUAGUAGAACAGUUGCCGCGGCCGCCACCAACACGACCCUCCAGGUGGCGCGGGAUGUAUGCGAUGGCGGUGGCCGAUCGGCUGGAUCGUUGCUGCAACGUCAGCAUCUAUCCGUUGAUACGGGGGUGGCAGCUGCUGCUGCUGCGGCUGCUGCCGCGGCUGCUGUUGUUGGAGCCUCGGUUGCUGGACCAUCGACGGCACCACCGUAUCCGGGUGUUGCCGAAAUGCCACCGCCUUCAUUCGCUUCCCUAACAGGGCAGGCUUCUUCGGCUUCGGGACCGCUCCAAACGGUUCCUUGUCACGGGCAACCUUCUGGUCAGCACCAACAACCGCUUGCCACCCAACAAGAGCAGCAGCAACAACAGCAGCAGCAGCAGCAGCAGCAACAGCAACAAGUACAGCAGCAAACACAGCAACCCAAUCCACCGCCGUUGCAAAAUGCCCAGUAUCAGAAGUCAUCCAUCGAAUGCUAAACGCCCGCUCAGCUGUAUCUUCGCAUCUGACGAUCCACAUCCUUUUAUUUUCUACUAACACAUGCAAACGCGCUGAGUGGGACAACUCGUUGUUUAGUGGCGUAAACAAUACGACAUGCGAGCGCAAGCCUUUGUGCCCACCUUUUGGGACAGCGUUGUGCAAUUGCAUGAUUUGAUCGCGAGCCUUUUGCUAUCCUUGGCCACGGUAGGCUGAUUUGUGUGUGUUGCAUGCGUUAGUAGUGUGUGAGUGUGUGUGUGUUUGUGUGAGUUGCGGGUCCAGGAUGGAUGCUGCUGGAUCCUUUUCCUGGAUCUUUUCGAUUGAUGAUCGCCGCCAGUGCUAGUGGUGUGCUAGCUUUCUCGAGUGAUUAAUCACUGAUCGUGUGAUUUCUUUACCGUGUAUUUAACGUUUCAAUUGUACUUCUUAGAGUGUGCAACCGGACCUUGACGGUGAGACUGCAUUCUAACGUUGUUUUUUAUUUGGUCGAGUCCCGACCCGUGAAGGAUCAAAACGAACGUUUACCAGGUGUUGUGAUAAAUUAAUUAAACAAAAAUUGGAUAAAGAACUGUGACAAACUGCUGUGCUGCAUGUCUGCGCUGAAGAGCGUACCGCGUAUCAGGGAAUAGCGAUGAGUUAGGGUUGCAGAGUAUCGUACGAAUAGCACGUAGAGAUCGGUUGUAAGAUCUUAAUACAAAGCAAACAAAACAAAAUACAUAUAACACCUUUUUUGCGUUAUAAACCCAUCAUGUUAUAGCAUUGUUAGACCUCACAAUAUAGCCCAUAAUUUAACGAACAUAUGACAAAUCCUCGGCGAUUGCAUGAGCAGUUAAGCAGUUGCAAACUCUUGUAGCCACAGUCGAACAGCAACACCGCGACCGAAUUCGCACAGAUUGUGUGUAUGUCGUCGGCCCCAUGCCAAUCGGGGCUAGCUCCUCUCCGUCUGAUUGGAGGUCUACCGGGAAAGGUGCGUUAUCAAGGCACGACACAAUUAAAAAUAGAUUAUCGCGGAGACGAAACGACGUUAAAUGCGCUCGCACCUUCCUCCCAGAGAAAGGGUACGGCAUCUAGCGAUGAGCGACGAAUCGAUGUGGGAAGCAUGUCUUGUACUUCUGCUGUCUGGUGCUAGACGCCAUGUUGCAACCACACCGGCGGUGUCUGGCGCUUUGAUGCUGCACAUUUCUGGCACUCGGUGGCGGCGUUCGUUUGAGAACUCUGACGCUCUUGGCGCCCUCUUCAACGGUUCUCCUCAUCCCGGAACGAAGGUUGCGUUAAAUGGGAUUUUUUGUGUGCCCGUUUUUCCUUCUGGCAAAGGAAAACGGACCCAAACCACCCAAGAAGGUGGCUGUACAUGGUGGUUGAAACGGUUGUCACCUGUACGCUGAGUAUUUAUAAUAACGCGAGUUACGCGACGCUACUUUAAAGAUAUAUUAAGAGCGCGAUAAACUAUGUUCAUGUUAAAUAGAAGCUUAUUGCGU